AUGACUCUGACCGAGCCUGCUAUGCCCGUCACAACCAUCGAGGUGCCUGCGCAUGCAGACAAACGAUUCUAUGAGGGAGUCUUGGAGCUUCUAGCGGUCUCCAGCGGGAUGAUCAUCUUCCGCUUCCUGGGUCAGCUGGUCUGGGACAAGGACUUCUACGUGCAGGGGCAAGAGAUCUUUGCAGAGAUCUGCGAGGUCAUAGACUCGAGACCUACAUACAUUGUCAAUGUGGCAAAAGGUGAUGUUCGCAGCCUGCCAGUUGCUUUCGCUGCCCUGUCAGAUGUGUCUUUAGCAGAAUCAGAUGCAACCUUUGGCUUCCCCGAAGUCCGUGUCGGGGGCAUGCCAGCGUGCGUGACCGUCGCGAUGCGGAAACGCGUCUCUGACGACUAUAUCAGGAAAAUGAUUACUGACGGCCUUCCAAUAGACGCCCGGGAGGCACAGCGUGUCGGUUUGGUCGACUUCGUGGGUGAUGUGGAGACGGAGAGCCCGAGGGAAUUUAGUUGCAAGCAAAGCCAAGUGCACUUGCCUCUGCGGAUCAUUCUUCGUACAGAGUGGAUGCUACUGCAAAGGUUGCUUAGGUUGAGAUGUCACAGACACCUGCGCAGGGAGUUGACAACGGCCACAACAGUCGUACUAAACUGGCCAAUGGUCUUGACACAUGAUGGCCUAAUACGUUGGCAAAGAAAGAGAGCGUGA